AUGCAUAGGGCUCUAGUCUAUGGAUUCGAGAUUUCAUGGAUGCGUUUCGCCUGUGAGGAGGAGGAUUGUGGAGACCAUGGUUCCUGCUAUUUUGACUUUGACAAGCAGAAGCCUCGUUGCGUGGUUUGUUCUGCCUUCCCUUGGGAAAAGGGAAAGAAGUGUGGGAUACUGGAACAACUACAAAUGGCUGCAGAAUUUACAUCCGACAUUGUUCUUAUAUCAUGGGCAUGCAAAUUUUUGUUUGGGGUGCCGCUGAUUAUUGCGUUUGUCAUUUACAAAUGGCGAAAAAGACAUUUAUCCAUGUAUGAAAGUAUUGAAAACUAUCUAGAACAAAACAACUUGAUGCCUAUUAGAUACUCAUACAAGGAAAUUAAGAAGAUGGGUGGGGGUUUCAAAGACAAGUUGGGCGAAGGAGGAUAUGGACAUGUGUUCAAGGGAAAGUUGCGUAGUGGGCCUAGUGUGGCAACUAAAAUAUUGGGUAAAUUAAAAGGUAAUGGACAAGAUUUUAUCAAUGAAGUUGCAACUAUUGGAAGAAUACAUCAUCAAAAUGUAGUACAAUUAAUUGGAUUUUGUGUUGAGGGAUCAAAACGUGCUUUGCUUUAUGAAUUUAUGCCCAAUGGAUCUCUCGAUAAAUUUAUUUUUUCUAAAGAUGGAAGUAAGCAUCUAAGCUAUGACAAAAUAUAUAAUAUAUCAAUUGGAGUUGCUCGUGGGAUUUCUUAUCUCCACCAUGGGUGUGAGAUGCAGAUUUUGCAUUUUGAUAUCAAGCCCCACAACAUCUUACUAGAUGAAAAUUUUAUCCCAAAAAUCUCUGACUUUGGAUUGGCAAAGCUAUAUCCAAUAGAUAAUAGCAUUGUCACAAUGACUGGAGUAAGAGGGACAAUUGGGUACAUGGCUCCAGAAUUAUUUUAUAAAAAUAUUGGAGGAAUAUCCUAUAAGGCUGAUGUUUAUAGUUUUGGAAUGCUUUUGAUGGAGAUGGCAAGUAAAAUGAAAAACCUAAAUCCUUAUGCAGAGCGUUCAAGCCAACUAUACUAUCCUUUUUGGAUUUAUAAUCAUCUUGUAGAAGAGAAAGAUAUAGAAACGGAAGAUGUCACAGAGGAGGAAAAGAAAAUAACAAAGAAGAUGAUCAUAGUUGCACUAUGGUGCAUACAAUUGAAACCAAAUGAUCGCCCAUCGAUGAACAAGGUAGUGGAAAUGCUUGAAGGAGACAUUGAGAACCUAGAAAUACCCCCAAAGCCUACUCUAUAUCCACAUGAAACGACGAUAAGGGAUCAAAGAACACCAAACAAUAUCGAAUGACUUCAUUAGUUCUGAUUUUUCCAUGUAAAUUGUAACUAACCUUCUGCUAGAGAAUACUAUUUGGCAAUGCACAAUAGCUUAUUAUUUGUA